AUGAGCGUGGAUGAUGUCAUUGCUCGCCACCGUGCUCGUCUGGAUGAACAUCGCAGGUUUCUCGAUAAUAAUACAUUAAAUGAAGUACCAUCACUCUCAGCACAAGUAAAUCCAGGGGUAACUGUUGCUCCUGAUACAGAUACCAACAGGAGUCAACCACGAAGUGAGAUUGAAAACACUGAAUUCUCACCACAACCACUAAAACCGCAAGCCAAGAGGGAGUCGCAUAUUGCAUCUUCAUUUUUCUUUGCAUCACCUGUAGUUUCGUCUCACCAGAAACGUAACGUCCACAACCAAGAGGGAAUGCAACGUUGUCAAUCUGCCAAGAACAUUACGGAAGAACAACGUAUACAGAGAAGACGUGAGGUUUACCUCAAACAGGCACGCACCUUGCAGGAUACCGCCUUCCUUAAUCAAAAGGGGUUAGGUGAGAAGAAGAAGCACCAGGAAGAGGGAAGAGAAGAAGGUGAGAUAUCAUCCGAUCUUUAUACGGGGGAAGAAGCCAUCAUUGGUGGCUCUGAUGGACAGGCUGAAGCCUGUCGAGCUGCCAGCACUCCUCUUUCCUUCUUUGGAUACAUGGGCAUGCAGGAGCAAAUCGCCAUGGAGGAGCGACGCUUUGAGGAACAACUGCGGUGUGCGGGACGUUAUUACAUCACCCGACCAGAUGCCAUGUACAUCAAAUCCCAACGAUGGCUGGAGAGCCGCGAGCGUCUCCGGCGGCAGCUGCAACGCGAACAGACCCUCAAAUCCCUCGACGGGUGCUCCUUCCACCCCAACCUCAAAUCUCCACCACACAAAACAGCAGAUCCACACAAAAGAGGAAACGCGUGUCCAUCACGUCCUUCGGCCUGCGCGCUGCGGGAUGAGGCGGGCGUGGCGGCGCAUCUCGAGCGGUUGCGGGAGGCGCGGCGGCGGCGGGCGGCGGCGGGGUGGCGGUUGAGCGGGCGGGUGGCGGGCACGUGGACGAAUCGACUGACGGUGCCGGUCGCCUUCACGUUCGGCCGGCGGCGGGCGGCGAUCCCCGCCCUGCGCCGCCCAUACACCGCCGCGGCCACGCCACUCACAACAGAAGACACACAGGAAGAGGAAAAGGAGAGAAAUAGUGGUGGGGAUGCUGCAGAGAAGGUGAAGGCCAAUGCUGCUGAGGAGGAGGAGGAAGAGGAGGUGGUGAAGGUAGAGGUGGUGGAUAUGAAUGCAGCUACUGUCCAUGCAAGAAGAAGAGCAACAUUGGCGGUAGAAAGGGUGGUCUCAAGACUUGAGAAGACGAUUGCACUCCUGAAGGACGAAAUGGCAGAGAAGGAUCGCAUGCUCCUACAGCAGAAGAGUGAAAUAUUAUUGCUGCGGCGAGAUCUGGAAGUGGCGAAGACAACGGUGCGGCGUCUCUCCCUGCAGGAUGUUGCACAGGGUGAAUGGACCGACGAAAUAACAGCAGUACGUGAAGCUUCUGUUUCUGGUGGCUAA